UUUACAUCCUCCGUGGGUCCUUCUUGCUCCAAAAUGCCACUUCUGGUGUUGCCGUAUGAGGCCCCUUGGCGUGGGGUUCAUGUCCACCGCUCACCACUAAAACGACGUGCAUGCCUCCGUGUACAGACCUUUCCAUGCGUGUCAGAUGCACCCAAAUAUCAGUUCCACGCCAGCAAGGACGCAGGAGAAAGGAUAGGGAAGGAGUCAAUGUAUGAAGCAACAAGUGCAGGGCAAGUGCAACCUUUCGGCACCCAAGAUCACAUAUUUUACAAGGCAUUCGUGGGAGUUUGGGGCAUUUCCAGGGGUAGAUUUAUGGCCAUGGUGGUAGUUUAAUCCUUCUUCUGUACCAUGAUACUAAAAAAAACACUCAUGAGGACCAGAUUGAUCUCCUUUUAAGCCUUUGGAAAUAGUUGCUGUGAGGGGUGGAAGCGUCUGAGAGUACCGAGAGUUGCCAACGCGGAGGUGGAAAUGAAGUUUGGAUUAGUGUGAGGCGAGCAAGCUGGUGGUGAGGGGGUAACCCGCAGCGCUCUCUGGACCUUCUUACUGCUGCCCCUCCCCCAGCAACCGAUGCGCUGAAGGCAGUGUACGAGCACCACGCAGCCCCGGCAACAGGCAGCCUAGGCCAAAGAGACUACGUGGAGGGUGUGCUGCGGGAUUGGUGCUGGGCUGAAAAGGUGUUAGGCUGGAGAAGUGAAUGUAGACAGGACAGAGGUGCUGGGAGGGGGCAGGGAGGACUGGCGGCAAGACGAGACUGACUGCAACACCCACAACGUGAACAGCGGUGGGUGGGUGUGUUCGUUGUGCAAGAAGUAAUGGAGCCUCGCCACCAUCGCCUGGACGUGGGUGUGUGCAAGCAGUAAUUCGACCCCUCGAAGCACCGAGUGAGGAAACGAAGAAGCUGGUGACGGGAGGCGGCGAGGAACGUGAGCAGCGGUCAGUCAUUCAGUUAUAGGAGGAGGAACAAGUCACAAUGAUGGAUGAGGAGGAAAGAGUUCGCAUGAGCCACGCCGGGUUGCUUGCACGCAGCGCCGAGGGCCACGCCGCCAAGGGGAUGCGGAUAAAGGAUCAGGAGGACAUGUGGGUGGAGAUCCAGCACCACACCUUCAGGAACUGGGUGAACGUGCAGCUGCGGGACACUGGCAUCAAAGUGGAGGACCUUUCCGAGGACCUGAAGGACGGCCUGGCGCUGGUGACGCUGGUGGAGGUGCUGCAGAAGAGGCGGCUGAGGAAGGUGAAGCGUGUCCUGAAUCAGCACCAGGCCCUCGAGAAUGUGUCCACAGCCCUCAACGCCAUAGCUGACGAUGGCAUCAAGCUCGUCAAUAUCGGCAACGUGGACAUCGUCAAUGGAAACCUCAAGCUCAUCCUCGGCCUCAUAUGGUCCCUCAUCAUGCACUACCAGAUCGGCCAGUCCAAGUUCCCGCCCAAGAAGCUCAUGUUGGCGUGGCUCAAGGCCGUGCUGCCAGACUGCCGCAUCAACAACUUCACCUCAGACUGGAACAGCGGCGUCUACCUCAGCGCCCUCCUCGACUACUGCAAGCCGGGCCUCUUCACCAACUGGAAACACCUCAACCCGCGAAACUCGGUCGAGAAUUGCAAGAACGCCAUGGAGGUCGCGAAGGCAGAGUUUCAGAUCCCGAUGGUGCUGGACCCCGAGAUCCUGGCGUCCCCCUACCUGGAUGACCUCUCCGGCAUGACCUACCUGUCCUAUUUCAUGAAGGAGGGCGCCCCGGGGUACAAGGCGACGCUCAAGUGGGUCCAGAAACAACUCCCCGACAGGAACAUCAAAAACUUCACCACGGACUGGAACGAUGGCACGAACCUGACGACACUGGUGAAGCAACUGGGCGGCCCCAUCCCAGGCUACAAGAAGCUCAGCAACCACCCGUCCAACUGGGAGUCCAACAUUCAGCUCGGUAUCGAUGGUGGCCGCAAGCUAGGGGUGGAGCCCGUACUUGCCGCCUCGGACAUCGCGCGCCCCGACGUGGAGUCCCUCGCCAAUAUGGGCUACAUCGCGUACUACCAGUGGAUCAGGCCGCGGGAGUGCCCCUCAGACACUGUGGUCGUGCAGUGCAACCUCGACAAUGUUCGCGUCAAUAACCCGGUCCCCUUCAAAAUCGAGUUCAUGACCAAGGAGGUGGUGCUAAGCGAGAUCGAGGUGGAAGUGAACGGUCCGUCAGGUCCUGUGAGGGUGGACCUGGACCUGUCUCCCCGCGGCGGCAAGGGUCUCUUCAUCCCUGACCAAGUGGGAAUAUAUGAGCUGAGGGUGCUGAACGAGGGGGAGGUGGUGGAGGGCUGCCCGGUGAAGGUGCGUGCCCUGCCCGACGUCUCCAAGAUCAUGUUUUCAGGCAUUGACCCGUGCGCUCUUGGCUCCAUCGUCGAAGUAGUGAUCAACAGUAAUGGUGCCGGCGGCGGUGACAUCAACGUCACGGCAUACUCGCCCACAAACAGGCCGCUCAUGUGCCCCGUCAAGGAGGAGGACGGCGUGUAUGCCGCCACCUUCCAGCCGGACGAGGCCGGCCAGUGGUCCAUCGCCGUCCGCUAUGACGAGGAGCACAUCCAGGGCUCGCCCUUCACCUGCCACGUCUACGACCCGCAUGCCAUCAGAAUCCUGGAGCUGGACAACGGCCCGUCAUCCAGCCCCAGCAAGCCCUUCACCUUCGUGGUGGACGCAACGCGGUGCGGCUGGGGGGACGCCAAGGUGGACGUGACGCAGGGCGGCCGCUCCCUCCACUCAGAGAGCCUGGAGGUGGACCGAAGCUACUAUGAAGUGACCUUUGUUCCCAGGGAGGCUGCCAAACACAAGAUUUAUGUCUACUUCAAUGGCCACGAGGUGAAAGGUUCCCCCUUCUCUCUGUACCUGGGCAUUGAGAAGCCACCAGAGAGAAAGGAUUCAAAGUCUAAGUCAAAGAAAAAGUCUUCUAACAGAGAAAACAAGGAUCCAAAGUACUCAAAGGAGGUUGUGAAGGAGUACUCGGGCUCAGCUCUGGUCAACUCCCCGAAGCUCCGUUCCUCCGCCAACACCUCGGACUCUGCUUACAAGUCCACUCUCACCAAGACCUAUGAUUCCACAGUCGACAAGAACUAUGAGUCUUCUUAUGGCCAUGACUCUCCAGGGAGGAGCAGAAACUACGAAAAUGUGGUCCACAAGAGUUAUGAUUCUCCCGUCAGUAAGAACACCAACAGCAGCAGCAAGUAUUCAAACUAUGAGUCUUCUGUAGUCAACCGGAGCACUGUGUAUGACUCGUCCGUCACCAGCAACAAGAAGUCCAGCAGCACAUAUGAGUCCGUCCCUCCACCAAAGUUAAACUCCACCCCAAAGAAAGUGACCCUCUACGAUCCUAGCCCUCCACCUAGUCCCUCGAGGCUGGUGGCCCGCCGCAGCAGGAGUCCUGAGGGUCUCACCAACAGCCACCACCGCAGCAGUGCCCUCGACUCCUCCUACAACUCCAGCUUCAACUCCACCUAUGAUUCUUCCUUCAACACAUCAUCCUCUACAGUCAUCAAUACUGGAGUGUCCACCAAGUCCUCCACCUCAGUGUUCACUAAGUCUUCCAGUCCAGGCAGACUUUCCUCGCCUGGCCCUCGCAAGAGUGUCUCCCCUUCCCCUCCACCCCCAAGAGCCCUGCGUGCCACCAGUCCCCCGGAGAUGGCCCGGUCCUCCCCAGCCCGUGCUAUCAGCCCUGUCACGGGUCCACCAGACAACCUGACGGGACUCUCCUCCCCAGCCAAGGUUCUUCAGAUUGCACAGAAUGCUGCCAAAACAUCAGAAGCGAGGCGGCUCAGGAACUUGCCAAUCUCCUCCAAGGCCAGAACCAGGACUUUAAUCAUCAGCAAAGAGGAGAGCUCUGAUGGCAGUGGGACGAUGGACGAGCCUCCCUCCCCUCCCCGCUACUCUGCAGAACAACGGAUGCGCACAAACGAGGAGCGCUACUCCUCCUCCAACGUCAACAUGUCCACCAGCAUGACCACCGCAAACUCCUCCAAUACUUUCAUCAGGAGGAGUGAGGAGACUCAUACCUCAUCGGAGGGGCGUAACACCCCCAGUGGCGGCCGCAGCACCACCACCCUGCUAGGGAUGUCUCCAGUUGGGCGGCGUGGCAGCAUUGAGGCGUCCCCCAGCCCUCACUCCCACCCCAGGCGGCCCCAUGCCCAGGAGUCCACCACAUAUAUCAGCUCCAGCAGUACUUCAGUGGAUGUGGUGGAUGCCGUGAGCCACCGCCUGCAAAGCACUCCACCCAGCACCUCCCGCCACACCACCACCACCACGACCACCACCUCGCACAUCGAUCCCUCCAGAGUGACUGUCAGUGGCCCCGGUGUGAGGCUGGUGGCUGUCAGCUCUCAGGCAGAGUUCACUGUCAGCAACCCCCAACCUCUGCGUCAGGAGGAGGUGAACGUCAAGAUAACAGGCCCAGGAAGACGCUCGGUACCAGCUUGGACGGACGAUGCAGGUGGCGGCGAAGUGAUGGUGGGCUUCACGCCAUACGAGGUGGGCGAGUACUUGGUGGAGGUGCAGGUGGAUGGCUCUAGGGUUCCUGGCAGCCCCUUCAGGUGUUACGUGUACGACUCCCAAGAGAUCCGUGUGGGCGCCAUUCCCAACGGGGUGGUGGGCAGACCAGUCGAGUUUGAGAUUGAUGGGUCGUCGGCCGGCUCAGGUAACUUGGAGAUCCUCGUGAACGGCGGGCACGUCACCUCCUACGUGCGGAACCUCGGCCAACAGCGCUUCCUCGCCUCCUUCGUGCCUCACUCCGCCAUCAGACACGUGGUGGAGAUGCGCUUCAACGGGGAGAAGGUGCCGGGGUCGCCUUGGACGGUGGAGGUGAUGGAGGGCAGCGGCACGCGCGUCGCCGUGCUCGGGGACACCAUCAAGCACUUCCCGGCCGGCCAGCUCUCCGCCUUUGACAUCUCGGCCGCCAAUGUGUCCAAGGAAGACAUCCAGGUCCACAUCGUCAGUCCCGCCAAGCGCCCCGUGUCCUACCAGCUGACGGAGAGCGGCGAGAAUGUGUACCGCGUGGCCUUCGUGACCACGGAGGUGGGCUCCUACGUGGUGGACGUGGCGGUGGCGGGCCAGAAGGUGCAGGGCUCGCCCUUCAUCGCCAAGGCCUACGACGCUGGCCUCAUCAGGGUGUCCGAUGUGCCCAACGGCGUGGUGGGACAACCCUGCCAGUUCAGAGUGGACGCGUCCCAGGCCGGCGAGGGGCAGCUGGAGAUCAGCAUCAACGACGGCGAGGUGCCCAACCACGUGCAGGUGCUGGGUGGCGGCCGCUGCCUUGUCUCCUUCACCCCAGACACCGCCAAGGUCCACACCAUUGACAUAAAGUUCAACGGUGAGACCGUGCGUGGGUGUCCCUUUGUGUGCCGUGUGGCGGACACCUCCCGCGUGAGCCUGACACUGCGUCACCUGGAGCUCAUCCCUGUGUCCAAGCCGGCAGCCUUCAACAUCUCUGUGGACGGGGGAGGAUCAGCUGAACUCACUGUCACUGUCAGGACACCAAGCCACACCACCCUGCCAGUGCGUGUGUCUGGCAGCGUCCGGGCUGGCUUCAUUGCUGAGUUCACACCGGUGGAGGUGGGCGCCCACACCAUCAUCGUCAACUACAACGAAUCAGCUGUGUCUGGCACGCCCUUCACCUGCAAGGUUUAUGAUGCCGCCAAGGUUGGAGUGUCCCACCUACCCCGGGGAGCCAUUGGGAAAAGCCUCCAGUUUGUGGUGGAUGCAUCAGAGGCUGGAGAAGGUAACCUGGAGAUCAGCAUCAGUGCAGCAGGCAGGAACAUCCCAACCCAGGUGCACCCACAGGGCUCAGCAAGGUUUGCAGUGUCUUUUGUUCCCCUGGAGGCCAUUGACCACUCCAUCAACAUAUCCUUCAACAAGGAACCUGUGCAAGGCUCCCCAUUUGUUGCUAAGGUUCAGGCAGAUCCCAACAGAAUAGUGGUGAGUGGACAGUCCUUGGCAGCCACUGCUGUUGGCAAGACAUCCUUCUUCACUAUCUCCAAUGUCGCAGGAUCUGUGGAGGACGUGGAGGUGUCUGUGGAGGGCCCCAAUGGACUUCCGGUGGCGGCCCAGGUCAGGGACAACGGUGACCACACCUUCCGGGUGGAGUUCGCACCAAGGAGCGCUGGGGAACACCGCAUCCAUGUAGCCUAUGGAGGUGAGGCCAUCCCAGGCUCGCCCUUCAGCUGCAAGGUGUAUGAUGUGACAGCCAUCAAGGUGCGGCCAGUUGACAGGGGCAUGGUGGCCAAGCCCGUUACCUUCCUGGUGGAGACAAACAAUGCUGGCCCAGGGAACUUGGAGGUGACCGUCAACAAUGGACAAGUGCCCACCAGUGCUCAGGCUCAAGGCAAUCAUGUCUAUGCCAUCUCCUUCACUCCCAAGGAAGCCAAGCCUCAUGUGGUGGAGCUUAAAUUCAAUGGGGAAAAUGUGCCCGGGUCUCCAUUCUCCUGUGACGUGGUGGACGUGUCUCGUGUGACAGUCGCCGGCUCUGGCUUGGAGAAGGUCCCUGUUGACCAACCAGCAACAUUCACUGUUGAUUCCCAGGCAACUGUGGACCAACUGGAGGUGAAGGUCAUGUCCCCCUCCCGUGUGUCCCUGGAGCCCCGAGUCUCCACGAACCAAGAUGGCAAACUGCAGGUGGACUACACCCCAACAGAAGUUGGUGAUCACAGUGUGGAGGUGAGAGUUGCUGGCAUGCUGGUGCCAGGCUCCCCCUUCCUGGUCAAGGCCUAUGAUGCCAACAAGGUCAAAGUGACGGAAGUUGCAGCUGGCAUUGUUGGGAAGCCUGUGUACUUUUCAAUCGAUGCAUCGCAGGCUGGGGCGGGGAACCUGGAGAUCAUCGUGUCAGUCAACGGCCGCAAUGUGCCCAACUAUGUGCAGUCGGAGGGGCACGCACGGUUCAGGGUUAACUUCAAGCCAAAGGAGGCAGCUGUGCACACCCUCUCCGUCAAGUUCAACGGCCUGCCUGUCCCUGGUUCGCCGUUCAAGUGCCGCGUGAGUGACAGCAGCCAGGUGGUGAUCUCCGGGCCGGGGCUCAAGAUGUCCUCCCUGGCACGUCCCGCGACCAUCACCAUCGACCCCCGCAGCGCCGACGUCUCCCACUGCGUCGUACAGGUGACGUCCCCCUCUGGAAGCCACGUUCCCAUCAAGGUGUCCGGGGAGCUGCCCAACAAGCUUAGCGCCGAGUUCCAGCCGCAGGAGGUUGGGCCGCACACCGUCAACGUCAUCAUGGACGGGGAGAGCGUCGGCGGCUCACCCUUCACCUGCAACAUCUACGACGUGACCAAGGUGCAGGUGACCGGCCUCGACCACAGUAAGGUGAAUCGGCCUGUAACCUUCACCGUGGACGCGUCUCAAGCCGGUGAGGGCACGCUGGAGCUGGUGGUGACAACAGCCAAGGCCUCUGUGCGCGCUGAGGUGGCUGCCAGGUCCCGCGGCCUCUACGACGUCACCUUCACCCCGCACGAACCCAUCCCACACUUCGUCAACAUCACCUUCAACGAGGAGGAUGUCGUGGGUUCGCCAUUUAAGUGCGAGGUGCGAGAGCUGGAGCCACGAGAGGUACGCCACCUGCAGCGCAAGGAGAGCCAGAUGGUCACUGCCAAAGGAGAGGGGCUCAGACAGGUGGUGACAGGCAGUACAGCGUCCUUCACAGUGGACACCAAGGGCCUGGAUGGGGAGCUGGACAUCCGUGUGACAGGUCCAGAUGGUGGCCAGAUCCCGGCUCGGCUGGUGAAGCUCCGCAGUGGUUUGCACCGUGCUGAGUACCGUGCAGAUCAGGUUGGGUCGUACAGUGUGGCAGUGUUGCACCAGGGCGCCCCCAUCAGUGGCACGCCUUACACAGUGGAGGCAGCAGAUCCUCGACGCCUCACCCUGCAGCCUGCUGGGGAAUGUUACUCAGGACAUGAGUGUGCCCUCAAAGUGGAUGCCUCAGCUGCUGGGAGAGGCACAUUGUCAGUGGGAGUGCGUGCUGCAGGGCAGGACGUGAAGCACUCCAUCAGAGAUCUGGGUGGUGGCCUGUACAAGGUGCUCUUUUACCCCCGGGCACCCAUCCCUCACAAGGUGGAUGUCCGCUACAAUGGCAUCCCCGUCCAAGGUGCACCGUUUGAGGUGGGAGUGCGCAACCCAGCCACAGGACAUUCCACGACUGCAACAGGCUUGGGUCUGCACCAGGCACGAGUCAACAAGUCCACCUCCUUUGUCAUUGAAACUCUGAGUCAGCCUUCCAAAGACUUUGACGUUAUCAUUACUGGGCCACAGGACUGGGCAGUGUCUGUAAGGUGUUACCAGCAGAAGGAUGGGAACUUGUUGGCAGAGUACACUCCACACAUGCCUGGCACAUUCAAGAUUGAUGUCUUAUGUGCUAACAAACAUGUCAAGGGUUCACCCUUCUACUGUACAGCUUAUGAUGCUUCCAAGGUGGUUGUGGAUUACAGAAAAACAAUUACAGCUGUAGGAGAGCCCUGUAUCUUUAAGUUGGACAAGUCAGAGGCUGGCACAGCAGACCUUGAUGUGCAGCUGGUGGCUCCCUCAGGAGUGGUGACACCUCUAGAGGUGAAGGGAGGACCUUCUGGGGAGACAGUGGAAUGGGUACCUGAUGCCCCUGGGCAGUACCGCAUCACCAUCCUGUAUGGCGGAGAGGAGGUUCCUGGAUCACCGCUCACAGUGGAGGUUGGUGAGUCAGGAUUGGCCAGUGUGAAGGGGGCUGGCCUGGAGGGUGGGGCAGUGGAUACUCCCCUCACCUUCACUGUAGAUGGCAGGGGACUGCUUGGAGAGCCUCAUGUCACAGUGGAUGGGCCAGAUAGUGUCGCACGUGUUAAUGUACGCAAACAGGAUGAGGGUCUGUACCAGGUUACAUACAUACCCCAUGAAGUUGGCAUAUUUGACGUACGUGUACAGUGGAAUAAGAGGGAUGUGGCCGGAAGUCCUUUCCACCCCAAGAUUGUAGACCCGGCACGUGUGAGACUAAUUGGUGGUUGGUCAAGCCUUUUGGAUAAUGAGGGUCGUUUGGAGCUAACACCACGUGAGGAGAAGAGGCUGGCCUUUGAUGUGAGUGAGGCAGGCCCAGGACGGCUCCGUGCGGAGCUGACACAUGAAGGUCACCCUUUGGAGGUUGGGGUGGACCAGAAUGGCCCUCGUGCCCGUCUGCUCCUCCCUCCACCAGCAGAAGGAUCCUAUGAGCUCUGCCUGUGGUACUCUGACCUUCUGCUCCCUAACAUGCCCAUUUAUGGCAUUGCAGAACCAGUCAGCACUGGUGACCACACAAGAGUUACACUCCGUGGCCACGGCCUUACAACAGCACGGUGUGGUGACCGUUCAGAGUUCAUCAUCGAUGGCUCUCUGGCUGGACCUGGUGCUCCUGAUGUUACCAUGACUGGCACCAAGGCUGAUGUGAAUGUGGCCCUUACUCAUCAAGGAGGGGGUGUUUGGCAAGCUGAAUACACCCCCAUGGUGCCUGGUGCUUACCUACUCAAUGUGAUGUGGUCAGACAGGCAGGUGCGAGGUUGUCCACUCAAGGUGAAUGUAGAAAGUGUAGCUGAUGCCUCUCGAGUUGUGUGUUCUGGUGAGGGCCUCAGACAUGGCAUGGUGGGCAACCAAAUAAAGUCCUUCAUUGACACCCGAAGAGCUGGUCCUGGAGAACUGACUGUAACCUGCACCGGACCCCAGAAAGUGGCCCUCUGUGACCUGGAGGAUCAUGGUGAUGGAACCUUCACCUUGAAUGUUCGGCCACAGGAAUCUGGUCGACAUGCUCUCAAUGUGAAGUAUGAGGGAGAACACGUGCCUGGCUCCCCCUACACCCUCAAGGUGGCCGGCGCCCCAGACCCAUCCAAGGUGAAAGUGUAUGGGCCAGGUAUUGAGCAUGGAGUUCUUGCAGCAUACCAGAGCCGCUUCAUCUGUGAUACACGAGGAGCAGGAGCUGGUCAGCUUACUGUUAGGAUCAGAGGGCCAAAAGGUGCUUUCCGUGUGGAGAUGCAGAGAGAGUCCCAAAAGGACCGCACCAUCCUGUGUAAAUAUGACCCAACCGAGCCAGGUGACUACCGCAUGGAAGUGAAGUGGUCCGGAGAACAUGUCCCAGGCAGCCCCUUCAUGGUCAUGAUUUUUGACACACAGGAGGAGCUCAACAGAUAUAUGGCUGGUGGAUAUUCUCCGAAUGGAACUGGUGGAGCCCAGAGUGACUACUAUGGCAGCAUUGGGUAUGGCACCACCUAUGGUGCUGUGACAUUCGGUCAGAUGUCUUGGCGUGGCUCUCAAGCACAACUGUGAGGAGGUCCUGGGUCCCCACCGAGCGUCACUCCCCAUCACAUUGCAUUUUCCAGUAAUGGCCGGAAUAUUGGGUCCUCCCCCUCUACCCCAUCCCUAACUAGAGCCACACCCUUCACAAAUGGUCGAUUGCUCAGUCCUGUGCGGCGGGCAAAAGCCGCAUCAAAAGCCCACCGUAAACAUGCCCCUUCCCCACUUGACUCAUUACCCCGGCCAACAUUCUCACAACCUCAAAGACCUGUGCCUCUCUAUUCGUCAACAUGGGGCUGGUCUCCACGCUACUCCACACUGCCAUCCUCCUCUCCCCGGGGCCACAUGGUCCCCCGACGCUCAGUGCCCUCUAAUGGCUCUGUACACACUGGUGUGAAGUCACAUAAGUUUAGUCGCUACAGAGUUAUUACCAACAACUUGUAGGGUGGUGGACCCUGACCCCAUCAGGGCAUCUGUAUAUACAUAUAUAUCAUUGGUGCCAGCAAGCUUGGACUUAUUACUUCCAGAGUUUGCCUUCCCCUUAUUGUCAUCCACAAGAAGACUCAAUUAGGACACCUAGAAGAGCACAAUGAGGUUAGUUUACAUCAAGUAAUUAGGUUGCCUCUUUAUUGCAUUCCAUUCUCGCAAUGUAAAUAUGAACACCAUUGUCACACUUGAAAAGCCAGUAGUAGAGGCAACAUGGUAGUUAGUGGGGCUCAGCCCAUGUAGCAUUACCUCACCUUGUCAGUGGUCUGUAUUUUGCUUUUGUCUAAAUAAUGUAAUCACAAACUGUUUGAAUUUAGCAACUUUUAAAAGAUUUGUUUCUCAAGUUCUACAGGAAAAAGUAAUCCCCAUAAAGCAGGAUACAAACAGAGGUUCUCUCAGCAACAUAUUUUCCAAGAUCAAAAUCAUGAUUCAUUUAAUGUAUCACACCCUCAUCUAUGCAUUUUACUCAUCUAGAAGUUUAUAUUUUUAUUGUUGUUGUUUAUGUAUUUUUAGCUGUAACAGGCAAUAAGAAACCCCUUUCUGGUGUGGUGUCUUCCUUGCACCAUAAUGGCUCAUCAGAGAAUGUGGUGAAUUAUAGUUAGUAAUUUUUAACUGUGUACAGGUUGAAUUAAUAACUUAUACUAAUGA